GUGCUGAAAUUUCACAGCGUCACAGGGCUCCACUCCGCCGCCGCCGCUCAGUGUCGGAGGUGCUGCCGCGAGUGUUUAGCCAGCAAAGGUAAACCGCCGAUCGGAGAGUACAGCUACUCUGGGGUAGUUCGCGAAGCUACGACAGGACCCCCCGGAAAACGGAGGUCAACUACAGCCAAAGUUUGCUACAUAACGAUAUUGAGUAAGACUAGCUACGGUUUCUGUUUUUCCACUGGUGUUGUGUCGCAAGAGCUUCCCCCCGUUUUAACAGUGUUGGCUGGGGUGAUACCCUCUGAGUGCAAUAGUUAAAUGAUCAUGGAGAGGAAGAGGAUGGACUGCCCGGCUCUGCCCCCGGGUUGGAAGAAAGAAGAAGUGAUCCGGAAGUCGGGGCUCAGCGCUGGCAAGAGCGAUGUCUACUACUACAGUCCCACGGGUAAGAAGUUCAGGAGUAAGCCCCAGCUGUCGCGGUACCUGGGCAACACAGUGGAUUUGGGAUGCUUCGACUUCCGCACGGGCAAAAUGAUGCCGAGCAAACUGCAGAAGAGCAAGCAGCGGCUACGUAAUGACAACCUCAGCCUGUCCAAGGGAAAGCCCGACUUGAACACUGCACUGCCUAUCAGACAAACCGCUUCCAUCUUCAAACAGCCCGUCACCAAGGUCGUCAACCACCCCGGCAACAAAGUGAAGACAGACCUACAGAGAGCCACCGAGCAGCCCAGACAGCUCUUCUGGGAGAAGAGGUUGAAAGGCUUGAGGUCGUCAGACGUGACGCAAGAGGUCCUGAGAACCAUGGAGCUCCCCAAAGGUUUACAGAGGGUCGGGCCGGACACGACGGACGAGACGCUGCUGUCGGCCAUUGCCAGCGCGCUGCACAUGAGCUCCGCCCCCAUCACGGGCCAGACGUCGAUGGCGGCCGAGAAGAACCCGGCCAUCUGGCUAAACACGUCACAGCCCCUCUGCAAGGCCUUCAUCGUCACGGACGAGGACAUCCGGGAGCAGGAGGAGAAGGUCCACCAGGCGAGGAAGAGCUUGGAGGAGGCGCUGAUGGCGGAUGGUUUGGCGCGGGCCGCCGAACUGACCAGGGACAUGAGCGUGGAGGGCAAAGCCAGCGCAUAGGAGCCGGAGGAGAGGCAGAUACCCCAUUUGCACCAGAUGCAGUUUCCAAAAAGCUGAAGAGAAACCGGAGAUAUUGUCAUCAGUUGGCUUAAAAAGCUGACCGGACCCAUGCACAAUUUAAUACCUUCUAAUAAAUAGCUUAAACCAAGGCCUUUUUUGACUAUAAUAUUUUUUCGAUGUACAUAUCUAUAUAUAAUUUCAGGACAAUGCUUAUUUUGUGUC